AUGCCAGGCAUGCCAGGAAAACCAGGGGGCAUUGGAAUAGCAGGUCCAAAGGGAGAUCAGGGACCUAAAGGAGAGUAUGGACAAAUAGGACAGCCCGGACCACAGGGAGCUCCUGGGCCAUCAGGUUUAUCAGGCAUUGGUAAACCAGGUGAACCAGGUUUACCAGGGCUUGCAGGGCCGAAAGGGAUAAAAGGAGACCGAGGAUUUGGUGGGGCACCUGGACCGAUGGGACCAAAAGGUCUGCCUGGGCCUAUGGGACCACCAGGUGUUGCUGGUUUUCCUGGACCCAAAGGAGAUCGUGGCAAUGGGGGCCCUGAUGGACCAACAGGACCAAAAGGAUUUCCAGGUGAGGUGGGGCCUCAAGGACUUAGAGGGUUACCAGGACCAAUAGGCCCAAAAGGAGAACCUGGACACAAAGGUUUAACUGGACCACCAGGUCAACCUGGAUUUCCUGGACCCAAAGGAGAAGCUGGAAUGCCUGGUGACCAAGGUUACACAGGAAAGAAGGGAGGCACUGUGCCUAUUCACGAAAUGCCAGCAUUCACAGCUGAACUGACCACUGCCUUCCCUCCAGUAGGAGAACCUAUCAAAUUUGAAAGACUGCUGUAUAAUGGUAGACAAGGCUACAAUCCACACACUGGCAUAUUUACUUGUGAAAUUCCUGGUAUCUACUACUUCUCUUACCAUGUCCAUUGCAAAGGAGCAAACGUUUGGGUUGCACUCUAUAAGAACAAUGAACCAUUAAUGUACACAUAUGAUGAAUAUAAGAAGGGCUACCUAGACCAAGCUUCAGGCAGUGCAGUGGUCCCACUGAUGCUUGGGGAUAAAGUAUACAUUCAAAUGCCCUCCGAUCAAGCAUCUGGACUCUACGCUGGGCAGUAUGUCCACUCAUCAUUCUCCGGAUAUUUAUUAUAUCCAAUGUGA